CGUUGCCCAACAGACAUUCAACGUGAUAUACCCAAUAUGAGAACUAUAACUCUUUGCCUGUUGCUGCUCGUCUCCGGCAGCUGUCUGCUGGGCUCAUCGGCCAGCGAUGCCGAUUCGUUUGACUUUGAGGAGGUGGAAGCCUAUGGCUUCAUCAAGUCGAUGGAGAAGGCCCUCAAGAAGGCGCUGACCACGGUGCGUGGCGUUAAUUGCACCAUCAAAGAGGUGAUUGAGGUGAUGCUUGCGACGACCAACUAUGUGGAUGCCAUCGAUGCCUGUGGCACGGCCAUACCCAAGGAUAUUGCCAAAAUUGUCAAGAACUGCAAGAGCAUUAUAGCCCUGUGCGAGGAUAUCAUACAUCUGAAUAGCACAAUUUGCGCCGAUGAGGAGGAUGGCAAAAUGACCACCUCCAAAUGCUUCUUGGGCCUGUUUGAGGCCAUCAUGAAACUGACCUAUAAGAUAAACACCACCCUGAAGCUGAUCGCCAAGCUGCCAGCCGAUACGGAAAGCUGUUUCCUCGAUGCCACCAAAGAGGUGGAGCAGAGCUAUAAUGACUUUUUGCCAAACAUCGAUAAGUGUAUCGAGCAAAUGUAAUUAAUGUGCGCAAUUAUAAAGAGCAUGAAAAAGUAAAUAAAAGAAUAUGAAUAAUAAUUCUACAAUCGAAA